CAUCGGCGCCCGAAGCUCCUACAACGAAGAUGAGACUUCCGUUUCUUCUCAGUUUACUAAUUAAUACUUUUCCGUCAAAUGUUUCCGUAGAAGUAAUAUCUGCUACAUUUUACAACCUGAAUUCUUCUUUUCGUACGACAGAUAGCAACGACGAGAUAGUUACUAAUAACACAUUCCUCAGUGAAUAUGACGUCAUCAGUUUAUGUGAAUGUGCAAAGAAAUCUCUUGCCAUUGUCCAAUCGUCCUUUUUCUAUAACAUCAAUGACAAAAUAUGUAUACUCCGAAAAAAUGGAAAAUUUCAGCGCGGUGUGCCACUUCCGGGAUACAGAUAUUUCGAGAAAGUUGAGAGAACUCGUAAACGCUGCCAUUACAAAAUGCUGAAGAAAAAGGAGAGUUACUUUAAAGUGGCAAAGCGUAAAUGUGAAAACAAUGGCGGGUACAUACUGGAAAUAAACUCGAAGGAGGAGUCAGAUUUGGUGAAAAAAAUAUUUAAAGGGGUCUCCAUAUGGCUGGGAGCUGUCUCAUUUGAUACUACUUACAAAUGGAUACAUGGCGGAGUAAUGCGAUUCACCGACUGGAAGACGGGCUACCCAAUAACGUCCCCCACGCUUUACAACAGGUGCAUGAUACUCACCAGUGAGGGUUGGAAAAAUGUCUACUGCAGCUUCUAUGCAUUUCACGUUGUGUGUGAAUUUGACAGAUGUAUGCAUUAAGUCAGUGAGCGCCGGAAAUCUAACUUCCGUAUUUGAAUUCAUGUUUGUUGCUA